GAAGGUGGAUAAAUGUACAUCAUUCCACAGCAGAGAGUGUACACCCAUUCCCAUCGAUGUGGUGUACACGUGGGUGAAUGGCACAGACGUGAGCCUACAGAGGGACCUGAUGGUGGCCAAAGAGCAACUGGAUGCAGAAGAAGCACUUCGGAGUGUGAAGCCAGAAUGCCCACUGUCUCAAUGCAUCAUGGCACCCAUGGCGGUGCUUAAUCCUGGGCUUCCGGCCAAUAUGACCACUCAAGAGCUACCCUCGGUCUUGCCCUCCUUUUCUGCUGCCAAGGCCCUGCUGCAGUUCAACAAACCCCUGCAACCCUCCAACACUGUCUCCGUGGUGGUCUUCCAUUCACGAGCUGAUGCUGAAAAGGCCUUGGCAGGCACGCUCAAAAUCGAGAAAUUCUCAAUCUCCAAAUGCUACCUGACGACAGACAAAGAGGCGCCAGGUCUGGUCCAAAUGGAGACCUUGGCCUACCUGACUGGCUUCCCGCAGUCCUACACAGUAUCAGAGAUGCUCCGAGAAAAAUUGUCGCCCACUGUAAAGAGCAGGAUAACUGCGUUUGAGUUGUACCCGGGCGCCGGCAUCGCUCUGCUCUACCUUAAAACGCCACAGGACUUCAUUUUUCUCCUGCAAUUAGCGAAAAGUAGCAGACUGAAACUGGAUGGGAAGAAGCUGGCCAUCAGUCCUUUUUCACAGAAGCGGCCUGCCCCUCCCAAAAGAGAGACGAGGUACUCUCUCACAGCCAACCGCUUCGAGGAGAACGGUGCUCUCCUCUAUUCCUUACGCUCCAUGGAGAAACAUGCGCCGUGGGUGCGACACGUCUACAUCGUCACGAACGGGCAGAUUCCCUCCUGGCUCAACCUGCAAAACCCUCGCGUUUCAAUUGUCACACACAAG